AGGACGCAGUGUCAGACGCAGCAGCAGGCAGGCAAUCAUUUGUGUUGCUGGCUGGGCCUGGGGGCUGUGUGAGCGCCGCACACAAGACGGACUCAGAGUCGGAAGAAGGAUUCCAGAGGAGGGGAGACCUGACCUGCAAACCAGAGAAUAAGCAACUCUGCUGACUGGAACUGCAGGCACACAACCAACCACAAACCAGCGCUUAGAACCAGCCUACUGUGAGGAAAGCAAACCUUUCUAAGUCAAAUGAAAUCUGAUGUUAAGCAGUGUAAUUUAUUGUAAAUUGAUUAAUCUGAACACUUCAAUCAUGUCUUUCUCUAGUGCUAUUAAUUGACUUGCAUCAUCCACAAUUUAACAAACCUGUUAAAAUAUAAUUAAGGAUGAUGUUCUAUUUAAUGUUUCUUGACUUUAUGAGCUGAGCAAUCUGAUGUUAAGCAGUGUAAUUUAUUGUAAAUGAGUUAAUUUGAUAUUAAUGAAGUCAAUAUUGCUUGGCUUCAUGUGCUGAGCUUCAUUGAUGGGGGUGAGGAAUUUAAAAUGUUGUCUCUUCUGGGCCCACUACAACCUUGCUACGCCUAGACUUCAAUACAGGAACAGUUGUGGGGGUGGGCUGGCUCUCAAGAAUUCCAGUAUCUUGGAAAGCAUUUUUGUGUAACCAGGGGUGUCAAAUGCAGACACAGGUGUGGGGGUGCUCUGGGCUCCUUGGAGGAAGAGUGGGAUGUUGACAUAAUGAACAAAUUCCCUUAGAGAUUCGAACAUCAUGAUGCCAUGGAAGAAGGCAAGUGGAGCUGAAGGACGGAAGAUGUGGCGGCUGGAGGCAGAGGAAGCCCAGAGGUCGAGCAGGUUCCUCGAGUCAUUCCUUACAAGGCCCGGGACAAGUAGCUCCACACCACCUCCGGCACCACCGCCAGCACAAGUGGAGGAGGAAGUCCAGCCAGAUGACGGUGGAUCAAGUGCACAUCCACCACAAGUGGAGGAGGAAGUCCAGCAAGAUGAAGAGGCUGCCACAGAGAGUGUGGACGUGACAGGCGGGCAAGCUGCUGCUGAUGUCGAGUCUACUGAUGAGAGUGAGACUGGACCCGAGGAGGAGGAGGAGGACAGUAUGUGCAUUUAACCAGAUGCUGACCAAGAGCCUCUAACUCUUAGGCCGGAAGUGAUUGAGCGGCAUGACAUCGGACUUCUGCAGUUUGACCAGGAUACUGGAAGACCGAUUAUCCCUGACACGCUGAGAACAGAAAUGAUAAAGCUGGGUGCAAAGUUUUUCCAGAACUCUGAGGGGCCUUUCCUACCAACUAGAAACCGAGCGAUGAACAAGACUUGGUUCAGGAAGAGAUUGGGAAGUGGCCAUGGUGAGGAGGUGACUCGUAAGUGGCUGCUCUAUUCCCCUUCUAAGAGGUCGGCAUUUUGCUUCUGCUGUCUCCUCUUUUCCCGAUCAGAGCAUCAGUUGACAUUGGAGCAGGAAAGUGGAUUCAACCACUGGAAAGCACCUGAAAGGAUUUGUGUGCAUGAGAAUGCCAAGAAUCAUUGGGAGUGCUUCACACAGUGGAAAGAAAUGGAAAGAAAUAUAGCUGGAAACAGAGGACUCAUUGAUGCAGAACUUCAAUCACAGAUUGAGAAGGAGAAGCAGAGGUGGCGCGAAAUCUUGUCAAGAAUCCUUUCCUGCAUCAAAUACCUUGCAACUCAGAACCUGGCUUUGCGAGGACAUAGGGAGUCAAUUCAUCUAGACAAGGAUGACACCAAUGUAGGGAAUUUCCUUUGCUUAGUGAAAUUACUGGCUACUCAUGACCCAGUCAUGAGAGAACACCUGGCCUAUGUGGAAAGUCAUCCUGGAUCCCCCUCUUAUCUCUCACCGGCAGUCCAGAAUGAAUUCAUCCACCUGAUGGCAUCCACUGUUCGCAAGAGUCUACUGAGAGGCAUUUGCAAAGCAAGAUACUAUGGCCUCAUGUUCAACUCGACUCCUGACCUGGCACACCGUGAGCAGAUGUCACAAGUAGUUCGAUAUGUAGAAAUUGAUUAUGAGAGUCAUACAGUCCAUGUGAGAGAGACCUUCCUUGGUUUUAUCGAGCUAAGCCGGAAGGAUGCUGAGAGCUUGACUAAAGACAUUUUGGAUAAGUUAGAGAAGGACGGAAUGGAGCUGAAAUAUUGUCGGUCACAGUGCUAUGACAAUGCUGCUGUGAUGGCUGGAUACAGAAGCGGUGUUGCCCAACGGAUACGUGAGAAAAACAACCUGGCUGUGUUUGUGAAUUGCGACAAUCAUUCACUCAACUUGGUGGGUGUACAUGCAGCCCAAGAGGAUGUGAAGAUGGUGACAUUUUUUGGAACCAUUGAUUCCAUCUACGUGUUUUUUUCUCGCUCAACACAGCGCUGGCAAAGACUCAAAAACGCCAUGCCCGUGUCUCUUAAGUCAGAGUCUGAAACAAGGUGGAGCUCAAGGACGGAAGCAGUGAAGCCAGUCAACAACCACCUGGAGGAGAUUCUUCAAGUUCUUCAGGACAUGAUAGAUGAUGAAGAUGAGAGCAAGGAAAGCAGAAGUGAUGCAGAGCAGCUGCGCAGCCACUUGUUGACCUAUUGUUUUCUGACUCUUCUAGGUUUUUGGAAUAACAUCCUCGCUCGAAUUGACAGUGUUCAAAAGAGACUGCAGGAUCCUAAAAUGAACUUCCACAAUGCUGCUGUGGAUUUGAAAAGCCUCCAGGCUCAUUUUGAUGGUGAGAGAGAAGUGCUGGUCAGAGAGGCACUCGACGUAGGACAUCGUCUCUGUGAAGAAUGGGAUGUUGACUUUGAAAGACAUCCGAGACGGAAAAAACGAAUGCCUGGUGAGAAAUCAAGAGAUGUUGGGUUAACAGCAAGGGAGGAGAUGGAAAGAGUCAUGAAGGGAACACUCGACCGUCUUAACAGAGAACUGGGCGAAAGGUUCACUCGCCUGCAUGACACUGAUGCCAAGUUUGGGUUCCUUCUCGAUAUCGAGGGACUGUGCUACAGUGCUGACAGAGAGAACCUAAAGAUGAACUGUGAAAAUUUCUGCCAGAUGUACAGGACUGAUGUUGAUGUGCAGCUAUAUGACGAGAUUUUGGACGUCAGAAUGUUGCUAGCAGCACGGACCAACAUGAGAGUAGCAACACCAGAACAGCUUCUCGAAUUUAUAGUUGAAUAUGGAGAUGACUCCGCCUUCCCCAACUUCCGCAUUGCUCUACAGAUCAUGUUGACUGUUGCAGUUUCCGUUGCCAGCUGUGAAAGAUCAUUCAGCAAGUUAAAGCUGAUACUUUCCUGUCUGAGAGCUUCCAUGGGUCAAGACAGACUCUGUGAUCUUGCUCUGCUGAGCACAGAGAGAGAGGAAACGGACAAAACUAACUUUGAUGGCAUCAUAGACCAAUUUGCAUCCAUGAAAGCAAGGAGGGCCCAGUUAUGAUUUUAGGUUAUAUAUUUUUGGAUAUUUGUUGGAUUUUUGGAUAUUUGUUGGAUUUUUGGAUAUUUGUUGGAUUUUUGGUUAUU